AUGAAGCAUUUAUUGCACAUUUUAAAAGAGAAACCAAAGAAUCCAAGUGAACUGAUUUCUUUUUAUUGUAUUUUACAUCAGCCAAAUCUCUGUGCAAAAUCUGCCAUUUUAAAUGACACUUUGCAUAAGGUUAUAAGUAUUGUAAACUAUAUUCGAGCAAAUGCCACGAAGCAUCGUCAAUUUAGAAGCAUGCUGAUGAUGGAUGACGAAGUAAUUAGUGUAGAUUUUCCUUAUCACUCAAAAGUACGCUGGCUGUCACAAGCAAAAGUAUUGGUCAAAAUUGUAUCUUUACGAAAGCAAAUAAUUGACUUUUUCAAAGGAAACAACAAACAUUGUGAUUUAUCAGGUCCAAACUUUUACAGAGAUGUUGCAUUUUCAUGUGAUGUUAUAUCAAAACAAAAUGAGUUAAACAUUUCGUUGCAAGGCAGAAAUAAAUCUAUUUAUGAUAUGUGGCAAAAAAUCCAGGCAUUUAGAAAAAAGUUGUUUUUCAACUUUCUUUUGGCUAAAUCAAAGCUUUCAGAGGAAUACUUUCCCCAGUUUACAAAAGUAAUGAGUGAGAAUGAAGAUAUCUCUGAAUCUUUUGAAGUGUACAAGUCAGUUUUAGACUUAUUAGUAGAAGAAUACAACAAAAGAUUCAGUGAUUUUGAAAAGCAUAACAUCACUCUGAAACUUGCUAUUCAGCCUCACUUAGUUGAUGUGCCAAAGGCUCCCGAAAAGUUACAAAUGGAGCUUAUUGAAAUGUCUGAAGAUGAUAUCCUGAAAUCCCAGUUUGACAACAAGGACGAUCCCUUUGAAAUUUUGAAAAAGGCGAUAGAAUAUCCUGGUUUUGUGAACAUGCACGCCGACAAAUUUCCUGCUUUUCUACAACAUACUGUUGCGAAUCCACAUUCUAGUACUUGA